CAAAAAAUAUGAACACCAUAGAGCAGGAAGCAGAAACUCAGCACCCACCCCCAGUUCAGCUAGGUCCUAGCCAUAUUCCCCAAAACAGAUUCGAGCCAUACUUUGAUUCAACUACACCAAGAAAUAUUACAGCUUUGGUGGGAAAAUCUGCCUAUCUUAGUUGCAGAGUGAGAAAUUUAGGAAAUAAAACAGUAUCAUGGAUUCGUCACAGAGAUAUCCAUAUUCUAACCGUUGGCAGCUAUACUUACACAAGUGACCAAAGAUUUCAAGCAAGUCAUCAUCCUGAAAUUGAUGAAUGGACGCUACAAAUCAAAUGGGCUCAAAAACGAGAUGCUGGAAUAUAUGAAUGCCAAAUAAGUACUCAACCUGUCCGAAGCUAUUUUGUUAACUUAAAUGUUGUUGUUCCAACCGCUCAGAUACUAGGCGGGCCUGACUUACAUGUGGAUAAAGGCAGUACCAUAAACCUAACUUGCUCUAUUCGAUUUAGUCCUGAACCUCCAGCAUACAUAUUUUGGUACCACGAAGAAGAUGUAAUUAGUUACGAUUCAAGCAGGGGCGGAGUUAGUGUCAUAACCGAGAAGGGAGACGUAACAACAAGUUUCCUAUUAAUUCAACAUGCUGACAUAUCGGACUCUGGAAAGUAUUCUUGCAGCCCGUCCAAUGCAGAUGUUGCUAGUAUCAGAGUGCACGUUUUGAACGGUGAACGGCCAGCGGCUAUGCAAACAGGAUCAGCAAGACUAUCAAAAAGUACUUUAAACAUUAUCGCUCUAUUGAUUGUAUCCUACAUCUAUCAAACUUUCACUUACAACGACUACGGAUUUUCAUCAGCUUCGAGGUAG